GAAAAUCCGGUGAACGUUCAAUGCUCAAACAGCUUGUCCCAUCCAAUGUUCACAACUCUGAGCAUCGAAUGGUCAGAUUAGGAAAUUUACACUAACACCAUCUCAACAAUUUUCAAAGUGUGCGUGUGUUUGAAUGCGGAGCUCCGUUGAACAGCGAGCUUCUUCUUUUACAUUAUUUGAAUAGCGAGACUUGUUCGCUAGCGCUUGACAGUUGCAGUUUGUUUUGGUUUUUAUUCUCGCGCAUUUUUUUUUUUGUCGCAGGGAAUUUACCUUAAAAAUAGUUUUUAUCUGUUUUUAUCAGCUAAAAACCCCAAAAUUGAGGAAAAACCGGUCCACAGAAGCCGGCCAAGAACAACUCAUCAACGCACGCAUGUGCUAAUCUUCCGGCUUGUCCGCCGUUGUUCCUGACGUCCACUGAGAGUUUAGCCGGAAGUCAAACAGCACCGAAACAAGCCCGAGGACUUUCGCAACUUCGUACUUGUGAAAGUUGUCACGGUGUCACGCCAGAUUUGAGGAAGUUGGGGGCUUUUUUGUUCCGGCUGUCGUUGUCGUGUGUCGUUCGAAUAUUGCAACAAGCCUAAAUGGAAGAAGUGCAUUGGUUGGUGCGGCGGAAAUGCAUCAGGUGAGCUUUUUGUAAUUUUAUUAUUUAUUUCUCUAAUAUCGUUUUCUAUUCCUCUGGAUUUGUUUUCUUUUCUUUUUGGUACAAGUGGCCAACAACUGUACAUCUUUCUGGUGCUGAAUGGUGCCACCGAACUCCAGCGGCCGCAGGUGGACAAACAGUAGACUCCAUGUACUCGGCGAUGUGCUUCUGGAAGUAGCCCACGUGCAGCAAACGGUUUCAGCACAUAAAGAUCAACCCGACCUCCUGGUAGCUGCAACGUGGACAACUCUUCGAAAAUCUCUACGCUGAUCGCUGGCAGACUCCGCCCAAACCGUUCCAGUUUACGGACUAAAUCGGCUAACGAAUGCUGAAUAACACUGGCACGGGCGGCGACCGCUAGGAAAGCACAAAGUCGGCUUUGUGGGCCGGUGAACCGGUGAGCAAAAAUCGGUCCACUGUUCCUGUCAGUGCUGGCGCUGAACAUCCGGCGGGACGGUGAGAAGAGCAUUCCCGAACUGAAGGUUACGACUAUGCCGCGCCGUCUCGGACCGAAGCUUGCGACCAACAUCCGCAAGGAUGUCAAGGAAGCUUACCAAGGAGGAAGCCGUUCGUCAGUUUGUGAUGAAGUGCCCACACUGCCGGAGAAGGACGACAAGUCCAAAACGCCCAAGAACAACCGGCGUGGUGGUGCUGCAGCACUAAAGACAUCGUCUGGCCAGGUUCUGGCCCUGUGCCGUCGGGGCAUAUGUGGGUGCCGGACCCGAUUGUCUUCAAUGCGUGAAUCGCACAGCUCAGUCGGAUUCGAGAAGAAGAAGAACAAGGCUGUUAUCAACGCUGCUGAGUAGUUCCUCCAGAAGGUGACCGAAGCCGCCAAGAAACCCCACGAGGCCAAGACCACCAAGAAGUUCGAAGGAGGCAGCAAGGAUUCCGCCGGGGACAAGAAAGAAAGAAGAUCGUGAAGAAGGACAGAGCGUUCGGAGCCGAGAAUGAGGUGUCCAAGAGGAAGCCAGAGACGGCGAUUCUAGCGCGGCCAAGAAGGAGAAGAAACAGAGGAAGUAAAAAGUGUCCGGGCUUGGCGCCUUUAUCUUAAUGGUGACACAGAGCUAGAAAAACCUACCACACUCUACAGUUACAGAAUAGACUUAGAUUAAUGGAAAACAUUACAAAUCGAUAUUUCCUGUUGAAGCAAUAAAACAAAAUACCACUUGCUUUUUAUUCCCAUAUUCUUAGGAGGAGUCCUAGAAAUCAAAACAUUUUUUUAUUGCUUGAACACCAAAUAAAACUUAGUUGAGCGUAAUUGCAGUAUUCAAUGCUAAGCUAUGUUUUAUUUAAAGUGUUCAAGCAGUAAAAAAAUAUCUUAAUAUUUUUCCAACAUACUUGGUUUGUGUCCUGGGGGAAUAAAUCCACCUAGUGGCGAAAAGCGGUACUAGCCCAGUAGCGGCAAUGUACGGUGGCGCCGCCCAUGGUGAAUAGUGAAAACAACCAAAAGCUGCGCGCGACGACACGCACAC